AUGAUAUCACCAUCAUUAUUCACAAUUCGUCCAAGUUUCGUUUUUGAUAAAGCUAUAAAUUGGUUUCCAGGCCAUAUGGCUAAAGGAUUAAGAGUAAUUUCUGAAAGAUUAUCGAGUGUAGAUGUAGUUGUUGAAGUAAGGGAUGCUAGGAUAUCCUUUAAAUUUUUAAUAUACUACCUUAACAUAGAAACAAAUUCUAAACCUCAAUACAUUCCUUUAUCUUCUAUAAAUAAUAAAUUUGAAGAUAUAGCAAAGUUAAAAGAUCGAAUUAUAGUUUAUAAUAAAGCGGAUUUGGCUGAUGAAUGUCCACAAGUGGCAAUAACAGAUGCGUUUAGAGAAUAUCGUAAACAGCGCGUAAUUUUUACAGAUGCCAACACGGAUAAGAAUGUUAAGAUGAUAAUCAACUUUGCAGCAAAUAAAGCAAUAAAAGAACCAGAAAAAUAUCCAUAUGUCACUGUUAUGGUGGUUGGGAUGCCAAACGUUGGAAAAUCAUCUUUAAUUAAUUCUAUGAGAAGACUUGGUAUACAUAAAGGAAAGGCAGUAAAGACUGGUGCUUUACCGGGUGUGACAAGAUCCGUUUCCGCUACGUCAAUUAAAGUAUCGGAAGACCCAACUGUUUAUUUGAUUGAUACCCCCGGUGUUAUGAUACCUCAUAUUACUGAUCCUGUAGCUUCCCUAAAAGUCGCAUUGACAGGUGGCAUCAGAGACCAUUUAUCAGAUGAAGAAGUUAUGGCAGACUAUUUACUUUGGAGAUUAAAUAAUUUUGGAAACUUUAGUUACGUUGAAAAAUUCAAACUUUCACACCCGACAGACUCGAUUGAAGUUCUACUUCCAGAAAUUUCGAAACGUAUUGGUGCAUUACAAAAAUAUGGUGAAUAUGAUUUAAAUAAAUCUGCAAUGUUUUUCAUUAAACAAUAUAGAAAUG